GGCCUUAAAGUGUCCCCCCCUUCUCCUUAAACAAAACACGGCACGGAGCGCGAACUGUCUGAGAAUCGCCGCUGGCCAUGGCCACGGCUGAGCAGCCUCCGAAGAAGCGUAAGCUAUACGAGCCUCUACCAGAAUCUCCACCUUCGCCACCGCCAAGUACGGAACCAAUAACUCUAGACUCACCCUCUCCCAAAACCCUAACGCCGCCCCACUCCUCUGUACCUCCGCCGGCAACUCCUCCAUUGUCUCAGGAGCAGAUUGAUAUCAAGCGUAGGAACAAAGAUGAAAUUCGGAAUGUUUACGAAUGCUACAAGCGGAUUAGAUUCUGCUUGUCUAAAAAAGAUGGCGCCUUCACGUCUGACCUUGAACAGAGUUAUCUCUCUCUCAUUUCUGCUUCAAGAGGUUGUAUGAGUGUACAAAGAAUUGUGGCUGAUUUUAUUCCUCGAUAUGCAUGCCACUGUCCAACUGCCUUGGAAGCUGCUGCUAAAGGUGUUAUUAAUAUGCAUAAUUGGAGUUUGGCAUUGAUCAAGGGAGGGGAAGAUUAUGAUGGUAUUGCAUUUGAAAUUGCUAAAGCCUGUAUUUUGGGUCUGGUUGAUAUUUGUUGUGCUGCUUCUUCAGUGACUCCAACAUCAUCUGUAAUUAGGGGAAUAUGCUCUGCAGUUUUUCAAAAUGUGCUAGCCUUUUUUGCUGCCUUAGCUGGUGAAAAGUAUAUCUUUAGUAUGGUUGAUAAGAAUUUCCUGAGGAUGCAAGAUUCUCCAGAGGUCUUUUCUGAGUUGAAGCAAAAGAUUUUUGAUCAAGAUGAGCCAUUGUUGGCUAAACUGUCCAAGCUCUGUGCAUUAUCUGUGGUUCAGAUAUUCUUCUCCUGUCCAAAAUAUUUUCUUGCAGCUUGUUUGGAGCCUUUAGGCUCUGAUGCAAUUGAGGGAGCUUCUAAAGGAGGGAAGUAUUUUCUAAGCCAGGUGACUAGUAGGCUUAAAGAUGAUGUGGCUAACCUUUUGGAUAGAGCAAAUGGUGUACCUGAAUCGUGUACAGGUUCUACUGGAACAAGCAUUGGAGGCAAUGAUGUGGCAGAAGAACUUUCAGCUGAUAACUGUCAUGUUUCAGAGGGCAGCGCAUCUGCUCAAAAUAGCUGCUUGCUCACACUGGUUUUAGACAAGGAUCCCUCAUUGAGGAGGUGGGUAUUGUCUAGGUGUAAGAAGUUGUCUAACUCACUCAGUAAUGCUUCAUUGGAGAUUACAUCAGCACUAGAGGGAAUCUUUGCUAUUCUUGGGCAAGAAACAUGUAUGGGUGAUUGUUUACCAGACAGUGAUGAAGAUAAAUCCGAUUCUGUGAUUUGCACCAGUAUGGAUCAUGCAGUGCCUAAGAUCUCUGAGGAACAUGAAAGCAUUGGUGAAUCAUCUAGAAAAGGUAGCAAUUUAAGAGUUCAUGUUAGUUCAUCUGAUGAUGGAUUUACAGAUAAGGUUUCAGAUAAAUAUGCAAAAGUUAAUAGCUCUGCGGAAAAUAUUGGCUCUGAAUCCAUGACAAAAGUGGGCCCUCAUUCUGAUAAUGGAGUCCCAAGGCUCAUGUGCCUUGAGACAGGGACGCAAGGAGAUAUGGCCCAAGUUAGAUGUUCUGUGCUUUGGGACUCAGUAAGCAAUCAGAUACCCUCACCUGCAAUAAGACCAUCAGCAGAAUUUAGGAGCAAUGCUUUUGAAGGAAGAAUUGAUGCCCCAAAUUUUGAGAAAAGUCAGGUUUCGAAUAUGGAUUUCAAUUUACCUCCAUUGAGAUCUUCUAGCGGAGGUGUUUGUAAUAUUCAGCCAUCUCCUAAGCAUUUCCUGUGUCCUGUUGCUUCCACAAAAAGUCAAACUGUAUGGUGUUGUGAUGGGGAUCCUGCAUCUAUGGAUAUUAUCUCUGCUUCAAAACAGCUCUGGGUAGGUUAUGCAGGUCUUGACAUGUCUGAAAAUCAUAUUAGGUUUCAACUUGAGAGGUUUGGUCCAAUUGAACAAUUCUUUUUCUUUCCUAUAAAAGGGUUUGCCUUGGUUGAAUACCAAAACAUCAUUGAUGCCAUAAAAGCUCGUGACUAUUUGCCUGGAAGUUUUCCUUGCCGAGUUAAAUUCAUGGAUAUAGGAUUCGGAACUAGAGGUUCUAUGAAUGGUGUUGCAGUUGGUGCUAGUUCACUAACCUAUAUUGGAAGUGUUUCCAGUCAGUGGGUCAAGGAUGAAAUCCUACAUGAAACAAGGAAAGUCAUCCAUAAAGGUCCCCUUAUGGUUACUGAUCUUAGCCAAGAGAGGGCAUUGCUCAUGGAAUUUGAAGCUCCUGAAGAGGCUGCCUCAGUGAUGUUGCAUCUGAGACAAUUCCGAAGGGAAAGAAGCAAUCACUACCAACCUUUUGGCCCAAGGCCAGGUUUUGCUGCAAUUGGAACUACAAAUAUGGAUGGUGCAAGACAUGUGGCCAACCCUCCCCAUCUUGACCUUAAAGCCAGCAUCCCAAUAAACAUGUCAAAUGGUAUUGCUGGAUCUCCUCAUUCUCGAACGUUGGCUGGGAGCCCUGCUGAUAGUAGUCAAAUGAGUCAACAUGGGAUUCAGAAUGCUGCACCAUUUUCGACUAAACCUGAAAACAACUCUUUGGAGCUAAAGUCAGAGAAUCAGGGUAGUGGUGUAUGUGCUGCACCUGUGUUUCAGUCAAACUGGAACUUCUCUUCUUCGAGAGAAAUGACAAGGAAGCCUGAUGGUUAUGACAACUUACCUCCUGAUCCUCAUCAAGGAGGCAAUGUUCCACACAUGCUCUCUGCAAAACAUGGGCCCUCUAUUCCACCACCACAGCAAAUUCAGUCGUCUCCUUUCAUUCGCCCUGUUUAUGUCCCUCCAAAUGGUCCAUGGGAUGCCCGGGGAUUCAAUAAUCAUUUACCUGCUGACCGAUACAAGACAGGAUCGUUGCCAAAUAAUUUUCAUGGUAAUGCUGUCGUAACUCCUUUCAUACCUGCUUCAGUCACUCCACUUGCUCAGAUACAGGGAACUUCAGUUGCUCCUUAUAACCAGCUGAUCCCCCCACCAAUUGUACCACUGCCUUCAUCAUCACUGCCACCCCCACCCCCACCUCCAUCUCCUCCGCCUCUGCCCCAAACUCAACCUCCCUUGGUUCCUCCACCACCUGGUUCUCCUCCUCCACCCCCACCUCCGCCACUGCCUGUUCAGGAAUUUCCCAAUGCUGAAAGUUCAGGACAGUCUCUGCAAUAUCAAUGGCAGGGAGUGCUUUGUAAAAGUGGGGUUAACUACUGUACGAUAUAUGCAUGCAGAGCAGAUUCAAAUAUCUGCAGAUAUUCAAAUGCCAAUCCUGAGCCAUCUGAAUGGCCUGCAAAAUUAGACAUGACUAAACGCACAGAUUUUCGACAUGUAAAAUCAACAUUUGCUGGUACUCCACAACACAGGAGGGAAGUUUGUCGUUUAAUCCCAUCAUCUGCAAGUGACUACAAAGGGUUUCAGGAUUUUGUAUCUUACCUAAAGCAGAGGGAUUGUGCGGGAGUCAUUAAAAUACCAGCUUCGAAAUCCAUAUGGGCGAGGCUUCUUUUUAUACUCCCUCACACGCCUGAAACAUGCUGUAUGCUGUCUGUUGCAUCAGAUCCAUCUGAUUGCCUCAUUGGUUUGGUUUUGCCGAAAGAAACAAACUUCGAGUGGAUAUGAUCGGUGUCCUUUUAUUGUUCAUAUUAAAGAUUUAUCAUUAAGCAGAGUCCUCGCUGAAGGCACAUCUCCCUCUGAAGAACGCAAAUACGCGUUGAUUAAUUGCGUCGUUCCUGAUUCAUAUUAUAGUUGAGAGAAAGCAGGUGGAGGGAAAGGGUGUUUUUUUUAUUUUUUUGGGGGGGGGGUGUUUUGUAUUUAUGUAGAUACAAUGCACUUUAUGCCCAUUUUUUCGUUUCCUUGGUCUGCUGUGUACAGGAUUUUGUUUGUGGUAGUUGAGCUUGAGGCAGCAUGUUCAGUACAA